GAGCGCUUUAAAAGCAUACAGUAGGCUAAUGUUUAGGACGAUAGGUAGGUAGUUGUAGGGAUAUAAACACACUUCAGGUCGUAAUUUUUUGUCGUUUUCGGUUGAUAGUUUUGUGUUACGUGCCAUUACGUUUGCUUUAAAGCCGCCGGAAUCGCAGCGAGUGAGAUGAACGUCGGGGUUCCCCUCUCUGAGCCAGACACUUUGUGCUUUACGGUCAGCGGUGAAUUAGACAACUGCUCCUUCAUCAUGCAGCUUGAGAAAAAAGACGGAAAAGAUCUACAUGUUGAUUAUAUUUCGCCACCGGUUUGAGUCUGAAUGAGAGAGAAAAACCUCCCGGGCCACGACUGACAAGGUCUCACAUCCUGGAAGCUGCCUCACUUGAGCCGCCGGUGGUCGCUUCACAAUAUGAUAUGUUGAUGACAUUUUUUGGAAGUGGUCGUGCCUUUUGUUUUCAUAUCGGGAUAUGUGAUAUGCGGAUCUGUGAGCGCCACGAAACCCAAAUGAGCGGACGUUUUUUCUGCUUUGAAAAUGAGGAAGCGAUUUCAUAAAGACCCAGAAAAUGGCAAGAAGGUCUCGUCGUCCGUGGGCCCGGAUUUGAGUAAAAUGAGAAGGAAAGGGGCAAAUGCAACAGCAGCAUGAUUCUUCUUAUUAUUACUAUUUUUCUUGCAGAAUGACACCGAAGGAGGUGAAACGGUGGAGGUAGAUGAGACGCAGCAUCAAUGAAGGCGAUCUGGACAAGUUUUGAGUCGCUCAUAAUGAACAGAAAUACUUUGCAGCUCGAUAUCAGAUCGUUUCCACAAUAUUGAAAAGGUUUUUUUUCCGGCUUUGGGGAGAUUUUUUCUAAUUCACCUGUCAUCUAUUUUCGCAUUGCAUCUGUUAUCUUUUUUUCCCCCCAUUAUAUAUUAGAUUUUUUUAUUUUAUAUUUUUGAUCCGGAUCCAGCCCUGAGUGUUCAAUGGAAGUAUGUUAUCAGCUGCCGGUUUUGCCUCUAGACAGGCCGGUUCCCAAGCAUGUCCUCAGCCGGAGGGGAGCCAUUAGUUUCAGCUCCAGCUCUUCUCUCUUCGGGGCUCCUGAUCCAAGACAGCUGUCACAGAGACGAGGGGCCAUCUCCUACGACAGCUCCGACCAGACAGCAUUGUACAUUCGCAUGCUAGGAGAUGUGAGAGUGAGAAGUCAGGUUGGAUUUGAACCGGAACGAAGAAGCUCCCACCCAUACCUGUGCAUUGACUUCCGAACUCUUCACACACGGCUGGGCUGUGGGUCCGCGUCGGCCGCCUCUGGUCCUGAGAGGAGGGUCCACAGACUGCUCAGCUUCCAGAGAUACCUGCACUCAUCCCGCCUGCUGCGGGGAGUCCCCCAGCAGAUCCCCCUCCACAUCCUUGAUGAAGAUUACACUGGACAGGCUAGAUGCAUGCUGGAAAAAGUCGGGAACUGGAAUUUUGACAUUUUCCGCUUUGAUAGGUUGACAAACGGAAACAGCCUGAUCACCCUGACCUUCCACCUGCUGAACCAGUAUGGCCUGGUGGAGCUCUUCCAGCUGGACAUGGUCAAGCUGUGGAGGUUUUUGGUCAUGGUUCAGGAAGACUACCACAGCGACAACCCAUACCACAAUGCUGUCCAUGCUGCAGAUGUCACACAGGCCAUGUACUGCUACCUGCGGGAACCCAUGCUUGCAAAGUCUCUGACCUCCUACGACAUCCUACUGGGUCUCCUCGCAGCUGCCACACAUGACCUGGGCCAUCCUGGGGUCAACCAGCCUUUCCUCAUCAAGACUGACCACUAUCUAGCCACACUCUAUAGAAAUACCUCAGUUCUGGAAAACCACCACUGGAAGUCGGCUGUGGGCCUGCUCAGAGAGACUGGGCUGUUUUCCCAUUUGCCUGCUGAGGACAGCCUGAACAUGGAGAGGGAAUUGGGCUCCUUAAUCCUGGCCACGGACAUCAGCAGACAGAAUGAGUACCUGUCCAGGUUUCGCAUGCACCUGGAUCAGGACAACCUGUGCUUGAGCAACGCCAGCCACCGUCACUUCAUCCUGCAGAUGGCUCUGAAGUGUGCAGACAUCUGUAACCCCUGCAGACCCUGGGAGCAGAGCAAACAGUGGAGUGAGAAAGUGACGGAGGAGUUCUUCCAACAAGGAGACAUUGAGAAGAAGCACAAACUUGAAGUCAGCCCACUUUGUGACAGAGAGAUGAACACAGUUGGCAACAUUCAAAUAGGCUUUAUGACGUAUGUGGCGGAGCCGCUGUUCGCAGAGUGGGCCCGUUUCUCGGACACGCGCCUGUCCCAGACUAUGCUGGGCCACAUGGGGCUGAACAAGGCCAGCUGGGGCGGCCUGCAGCAGGAACAAACCCCCGUCUCUGAGGAGGCCGAGGCCAGCAUAGCCAGCGCAGGAGACGCCGCCGCUGCGCGAAGAGACGCUAACACAGCUACAGUCGCAGGAGGAACCAGCUCCAAAGAAAUACCUCAGGGAAGCAGAGAAUCCUGACACUCCUUGUGUGCCCUUUCACCUCAACCUCCCGACCCCUGACCCCCGGCCUCAGGGCCUCACCACACACUGAGGGCCGGGUGGGGCAUCCGACGGCCCGCAGCCCUGCCGCUGCCCCACCUGAUCCCAACACCUUUUUAUGUGUUUUGUUGCUUUGGCCUCCCAUCUUGAUAAACCACUGAUUUUAUUUAAUUUAUUUAAUUUUUAAUUCCACUUUUUUUUUUUUUUUUUUUGGCAUAGAGCAAUACAUAGAUACCUCAUUUGGCUACUGCUGUAUUUUCUUUUAUUUGCUUUGUUUUAUUUAUUUGUCCACUGAAGUUUUGGCAUUACUGACUGAAUGCACCACUUUUCUUUUUUUUCUUUUUUUUUCUUUGGUCGGUGAACCUUAAGGGGAAAGCAGUAUAUGAAAUGAUAAAGACAUUUUUUUCUGGUAUUUUGAAGUGCCAUUUGAAAACAAAGAUUUGAAGAAUGAUCUGAACUGAAUCGACUGAGACAACUGGAGUAUUCAGACGUGAGACCCUCCUGAGACUUUAAAGUAACGCCAUGUUGCAUUUGUAUUGAAGAUUCUUCCUCAUGUAAAAACAACAACAAAAAAAAAAAAUGUGACAAGCCCAGUCCUUUUGCUGCCUCUACGAAGACUGUUUACGCAUCUCCUUGUUUGUUGUAUCUUUCCCUUGAACUGAAGUGAAUCAUGUCGGCUCCACGGUUUGCCUUCGAAGCACAGAUGAGAAGAACCACUCGUUUGAACUGUCAUCCCACUGUUGAAGCCAUGAGCAGAACCUUAUUCAAACACACCAGAAUGCCAUAAACGACUCCACCUGUGCUACCACGUGUUCUUGCACUCCCCAAAAACAACGAUGCUGUCGGACGUGCAGCUGUUUGUCUCCACGACCUCUCCCAAGACAUCCCGCGAAGGUAUUAUAGGAAUUAGUCAUUUUCCGAUGAUGUUUCCACAUCGUCCAGUCCUGGUUGAACUCGGGGAGCUUCCCCUGCCACACUGGAGGCUGCUCAAGUCACUGCACAUGCAUCUCACCUGGAACUCCACUCCACGCAACUCGACUCGCUCAGGGUUUUGCCAGUCUCUUUUCAGAGGGAGAGGGGGGAGGAGGUGACCGCGGACAAUGCAAGGUUGUAUUUUCUUUUUGUCGGCUAGGAUCUACUGAAGGAGGCUCCCUCUCCGCAGAAUGUCUCUCACAGCCACAUGAAACCUAAAGGACUGCUCAAAUGAUGCCUUAUAACUAUGCACAAACUAUGCUAAGUGACCAAACCAACUCCUUUUUUCCCAUCAAGUGCAUGGUGUGCUUGUCUUUGAAUGCACUGUCCGAUCCCUUUGCCUUUUUGUUGUGAGGAACAACUCCAGCUGUCCUUUUUUUUUCUUUUCUUUUUGUAUGGAAACAAAAUGGUCGAGUGAAUUUGAACAUUCCAUUUCUUUGUGUUUGGUUUGUCUACUUCGAUUCUGUACAGUGGCACAAAUUGUGUUUGUGUUUAAACAUUUUGAAAGAUAACAGGUGCUUUUCUUACUUUAGCUGAUUUGUAUUUUGCUGUAAGUGCUGUAAGACUGUUGAUAAAACUGUUUACAAUUUGUUGCGACAGCCAUUUUUGGGAAGACUUCAGUGUCGAGCCACAUUUUGUAAAGGCUUUGCUGUAUUGACCUUUUUGAUACAUGCUUGUUGCAGUUAAAAUUUGAAUAAUAAAACCUGUUGUUGAUAAA